AAAUAGCCCAGGCCUGAGGCGGUGGCCGCAGCCAGGACUCCUCCGCCUCCCGGUGGCUCCAUUGGCGCCUGCCGGCGUUGGGGGGCUCGAUUGGCUGCCCAGCUGGCACUGACGUCCCGGGAGCCUGGUGGCAAACAGAGGUAAACAGCCAUGUGCUGUCCCCCACUCUAUAUUUAACAGCUGCCGUGGACAAGGCAGCGAGCGGCGGGUGCUGUGGGCUCUGGGGGCAGCUCCUGCCCCGGGGAGAAGGCCCUGGCAGCCGGGCUGGCACCGGCCCUCGCAGUCUCCGCGUCACCAUGCCAGGCUCCCAGAGCCGGGCCCGUGCCCGGGACCGCAACAACGUCCUCAACCGGGCCGAGUUCCUGUCCCUGAACCAGCCCCCCAAGGGGGUCCCAGAGCCCCGCAGCUCAGGUAGGAAGGCCUCGGGCCCCUCGGCGCAGCCCCCGCCCCCUGGCGACGGGGCCCGGGAGCGGCGCCAGUCCCAGCAGCUGCCCGAGGAGGACUGCAUGCAGCUGAACCCCUCCUUCAAGGGCAUCGCCUUCAACUCCCUGCUGGCCAUUGACAUCUGCAUGUCCAAGCGGCUGGGGGUGUGUGCUGGCCGGGCCGCGUCCUGGGCCAGCGCCCGCUCCAUGGUCAAGCUCAUCGGCAUCACGGGCCACGGCAUCCCCUGGAUCGGGGGCACUAUCCUCUGCCUGGUGAAGAGCAGCACGCUGGCCGGCCAGGAGGUGCUCAUGAACCUGCUUCUGGCCCUGCUCCUGGACAUCAUGACGGUGGCCGGCAUGCAGAAGCUCAUCAAGCGGCGUGGCCCGUUCGAGACGAGCCCCAGCCUCCUGGACUACCUCACCAUGGACGUCUACGCCUUCCCCGCCGGGCAUGCCAGCCGUGCGGCCAUGGUGUCCAAGUUCUUCCUGAGCCACCUGGUGCUGGCAGUGCCCCUGCGUGUCCUGCUGGUGCUCUGGGCCUUCUGCGUGGGGCUGUCACGAGUGAUGAUCGGACGUCACCACAUCACGGACGUCGUCUCGGGCUUCAUCAUCGGCUACCUCCAGUUCCGCCUGGUGGAGCUGGUCUGGAUGUCCUCCAACACCUGUCAGAUGAUCAUCUCUGUCUGGUGAACCUGCCCUGGCGACAGCAGGCGGGCCCACCAGUGACUGGCAUGUCUGGUAGUGCGGCUGCCCUGCUCCUUGGCCAGGGCCCAGCGUGGGGACAGCCCUGCUGAGCGUCUGCUCUGGCAGGUAACAGGUGAGAACCAAGAUGGCAGGAGAGGGACUGAGCCUUGUCCUUUCAUCAUCGUGACUGUUGAGUUCUUGGCUGUGCCCACCAUGCCACAGUACAAUGCCUGGCCAAAUACCCCCAACCUCCCAUGCAACACAGGUGCCAUUAACGGUCAUCAAUAGCUUAGGGUGCCCCACUGGCCACCAGCCUGGGAAGAAAAAGGGUUUUGUGGUCAAACAAAUUUGGGAAAUGCUGCAUACUCUGCCCCCUGUCAGACCUUCACAAGGGGUGUUAUUGUCAUAAAGGCUCUGACAAGUCCCGCAAAGAAGCUUCCUGUCGAACCUCGUGUACCAUGUUUCCUGAGCUUAUUUGACCACAGAACCCUUUUCUCGUGGAGUAGCUAUGAACCCCUGAGACACCGCCGCUUCCUCAAGUUCACUUUGGGAAGGGUCUGAGGUGUAAGCUGGCCUCUCCCAGUGCCGACCAGUGCCAAGGCCGUGGAAAGCCCACGGCCUGUGGGCAUCGGUGCCACUUUGGCCCCCAGGGGCCGGACUCUGUGUGACCUAAUAGGUCUUUUCCAAGUCAACUGUUAUGUUAUGUGCAUUUCAUGUGACAAUACAGAUGAUGUGCGAGG